AUGUUUCGGAAAAAAGCAUCUUCCUCCUUGAGAAUGAGAAGAAUAACAGAAAGCGCUAGAUGGAGUAUUGACCGUGGGCGGAGCUUGUCUUUCCAUGAGGUGCGUGGUCAACGUGAGGCAGAGAUGAGGGCCGCAGUUGAGGAGUCGUCCAACAGCAGCAACAGUGUAGGAGGUGGCGGCAGCACUGUCCUGCAGCGCCUCCUGCAGGAGCAAAUGAAUCGGAAUUAUGUGCUGCAACAGCAGCAGCAACAACAACAACAACAACAACAAGGAGGAGGAGUAGCAGGAGGGGGAGGUGGAGGAGGUUACUCAGGACAGGGACAGGUAGGCCCUUCUGAUGAUCACUCCAUGACCCCCCACAAUGCCCGUCAGGAGCCCCAGGGACAGGAGUUGCAAACUGACAAUGGCCUGGAGAAGCUGGGCUCCAACAGAGUAGGAGGAGGGGGUGGGAGCAGUGGAGGUGGAGGAGGUUUAGUGUCUGGAGGAGGAGCAGGAGGCAGCAGUGGAGUAGGUGGGAGUGGCCAAGGGCAGUGCCUGAACCCAGAGGACCUCCCUACAUACGAAGAGGCCAAAGUGCAGUCCCAAUACUUCCGUGGCCAUGGUCCUCCUCCUCAGCCUCAGCAGCAGAACAACCAGCCCCAGCAGCCUUCUCUCCCUGCCUCGGUUGGUGCCGCCUUCUACGUCACUGGGGUGACCAGUGCCAAGGUGCGCACUGAGGGCCGCCCAACGGUGCAGCGAGUGAGCGGUGCAGGGAAGGUGCACCAGGAUGAUGGUUUGAAGGAUCUGAAGCAGGGACAUGUUCGGUCUCUCAGCGAACGACUUAUGCAGCUUUCACUGGCCACCAGUGGCGUGAAGGCACAUGCUCCGGUCACCAGUGCCCCGCUGUCCCCCUUGCUGCCUCCGCCAGGGCCUCCGGGAGACUACUACAAACCGCAGCAUCGUGGCCCACCUCCAGACUACCCCUUCAAAGGAAUGGGCUCACCUACAAAGCAGCAGGAGCCUGGAAGCCAUUUUUACCAGGAGCAGAGAGUGAGGGAGCAUUCGAGGGAGGUGCCCCACGUCCGAUACCAGCCACCACCUGAAUAUGGCUCCUUCAGGUCCAGUAAGGAGGGUUCAGUUCACUCCCAGAGGCCUCUUCACCAGCACAGUCCCACAUCCUCCGUCACCUCUGUGGGCUCCUUGUCCCGCACCCAGUCUUCCAUUCUCAGCAGCAUGCUGAGCGCCUCCCAUUCCUCCCAUCCCUCCUUCCCUCACCAGCACCCCCAGAGCCAGGGAGAGCCCUACCCCAGCAUGGGGUCCCGCAGUCCUCAGGGUCCCGGGUCCCACCAAGCAGGCGAGCCCUUCACUCCAGGGCCCAUUCACCAGCCAAGAGGUCACGGUUUCCCUCAUGACCCCUAUGGCUCCACCCCAAGGAUGCACCAUUAUCAGCAGCAGCACCAUCAGCAGUAUCAACAGCAGCAACAACAACAUCAGCAACAGCAGCAGCAGCAGCAGCAGCAGCAGCAGCAACAGCAGUUCCAAGGACCUCCACAUCCCCAGCCCCAGCCGCCAGUCCAGGCUGGACAUUUCCCCCACCCACACUCCUUCUCCCACAUGCAAGGGGAACCCUUUGCUAUGAUGGCACGUGCCCACCAGAUGGUGGACAUGCUGACCGAGGAGAACAGGAUGAUGAGGCAGGAGAUGGAGACCUGCCGCGAGAAAGUCACCAAGUUGCACAAGUUGGAAACAGAGAUCCAGCUGGUGUCAGAGGCCUAUGAAAACCUUGCCAAGUCCUCCUCCAAGAGGGAAGCCCUGGAGAAAACCAUGAGAAACAAGCUGGAGCUCGAGGUGCGCCGGCUGCACGACUUCAACAGGGACCUUCGAGAUCGAAAAAACGUCAAGAAAUGUGUUGAAGAGGAGGGAUAACCAAUUUUAUUUAUCAGCGUCUAUAUGUUGCUGCAGUAGUACAUGUGCUGAUUCUGCUGUGUUUGUGGGACUGACUGAUUGACAGAAAGAGCUCUAUUAGCUGCAACUACAGAGCAAACAAAUCUGUGUGUUGAGAAAAGGUGCACCCACAAUGCACAAUCAGGUUUAAAGUUACAGUAGGUAACUGAAAAUAAUAAAAGUAAAAAUGAUUUUUGGUUACCAAUUGGUUGAUUCGUUCGGCCCAGUGGAUUCUUGCAAAUUCCAUUAGGAGUACUAGGAGGAGCCAGAGGAAAUAGAUUGUUGUACAAAUUAUCUGUUUUAUGUACUACUGUCAGGAUAUAGUGAAAGUUUCAGCAAAUAUGACAUACUGCAGCUUUAAAGAUGAUGUAGGCGAGUGUGAAUACCCCCGUAUUCACACUGAGAAAAUGAAUCAGAAUGAAUGGAUGCUGAAAUAAUUGUUCUGACAAUUUGAAAAAAUACGCUUGGCCAUUUUCUACAACUCUUGCCAACACACACACACACACAUUGGAGAGAGGAAAGCUCCGUUCAUGGCUUGCAGCCCAGGCUCAGGUCCGUUGGGAGCCUCUUACAACAAGUCACCACAGAGCAUCUUUUUCUUUCCUGCCAUCUCUCCUUCCUGCUUCCCUUCUGUUUGUUCCUUCAUAGCUUUGGCAGACUUGUGCACGUGUAAUGGAUACUUUGCUCCACUUUUCUGGGUCAAAGGUCAACAUGCACUCACUGUAGCUAUUGUUUUGGAGAUCUUGAAAGAAAGUAAAGAGUUUGUGCACUGAUGACGGCAUUUCAGUUGGUGUAUGUUAGUGCUGUCAAAAUUGGCCAAGUAAGUUAUUUGAUCUAAAAAAAAAUAACCCCAAAGGUUUGACCUAUUUGAUUUUUUUUUUUAAACCAAUACAUAAUAUAACUAUGCCGCAAAAGAUGUGACCCUCUGACGUGCUGAGGUCAGUGUAUCAUUUCCUGAUGAGUGCUUCCGUGGUUCCUGGUAGCUUAUGUUUGCUGUACUAGCUCAACCCAGUUAAAUUUGUUGUAUUUCUUAUUACAUCAGAUAAUCGUAUGAAAUGAACACCACUUUCAUGAUUUUCGAUGCAUAAAGGGGAUCACCAGAAGCAAAAAGCUAACUUUUAGCUUGAUCAUUAAUCAUCAAGUGUUCUUGUGCUGGUGUUUAAUGACACCGACAACCUCUGUAAUUUCACUUAGCCACUUUUUAGUAUGUGAAAGCUUUUUCAGAACAAAACCCGAAAAAUGUCUUAAGCUUGUGUUAACCACAGACCUUAUUUAACCAACCAAAACCCACUGAAAACAAAACACUGAUUUCAAGGCGUGGGAACCACUGCCUCUC